UGGAUCAAAAAUGAGAUUACAAAAAUUUUGUUAAUUAAUUUGUGGAACAUUCUGUUAGUGAGUGUGUCAACAGCACGAAAUUAAUGGAAAAAAUUUGAAAAGGAAAAUUUGUUAAUUUUCUCGACCAAUUUUUCCAGCGGUAUAAUGGAAAUUCCAAUCGGCUUACUAGCGGUGGUGUAUGCUCUUCGCAGUUUUGUUGUGUAAAAUGAAAACGAACAUAUUGGAUAAAUUGUCGGAAUGUAAAAUAAAAGUUGGAAAGAAGCGACAACAACAAAAUCAAGUACUGCAAUUACGCUUUAUUCCAUUGAAUUUUAUUAAUGCUGACGAGACAUUGUGAUAAUUUAAGUUUGAAGUUUUGUUUAGAUUUCUAUGUAAAUUAUUUUUAUAAAUACCGAAUGGAUAAUGGGGAUUUGUUUAGAUACAGAAGCAAAUUCCGCUGCACAGGAAUCGGACGAUCCAGGCAACGAAUGGAAGGGCGGUGGCGAAAGAUCCGCUACUUCGAGAAUCCUUUCAAGUGCAAAUUUGCCAAUGCAAAAUGCUGGCAAAGUAAAAUUCGAUCCUCCCAAAGUGCCUGUAAUUUUUGUGUUAGGCGGUCCAGGUAGUGGCAAAGUAACUCAUUGUGAUACAUUGAUGCAAGAGAAGAAGGGCGUUAUUCACAUCAAUAUGAUGGAUUUACUACAACAAUAUGCAAUAGGAAAUGAUAUGCAAGACUUUUCUCAACUAUCAUCGAAAACCGUUACCGAGGUGCUGAUGUUAGAAAUAAAAAUGGCACCUGCUGCAAAAGCAUACCUCAUCUCCGGAUAUCCAAGAUCCAUGAGAGACGUUGUGGAAUAUUCGGAAAAGAUUCAAGUAAUCAAUGGUGUCUUGUUAAUAUCGUGGCGACAAGCUGUUCUUCAGAAGCAAAUAGAUUAUGGCGCCAAAUUGGGGCAUGUGGUAUUGUCUCUUGCAAAAAUGGAAUUGGAAAACUUCUUCAAAAAUGUCAUGCCCGUUGCUGAUUACUUCGAUCAGAGUGAUAUGUUGACAGCUGUUAACGGCGAACGAGCUCCGACAGAAGUAUACAAAGAUUUCCGCAUGACCGUUUUAGAUAUAUUAGGUGCUCAAGAAAAUCAAGAAGCUUUAUUGAAUGGAGUGGCAGGUAUGGGCAAAGGCAUCAAUGAGAUUCCUGGCAGUAUAGUCAGUGUGGAAACCGCACCUAGUCAACACAAGAAUGUUACAGUGCCAGCUGUUGAAACGCCAACAAAUGCAAAGAUCCGUGAUAAUGAUGUGUUACAUCCAAAUAAUUUAAUGGGACAAAAUGUAACCGAACAAAAUGUACCUGUACAAAGUAUAGAAAACUUACCGCCAAUAAUUUGGGUCAUUGGAGGGCCAGGUAGUAAUAAGGCAACGUUGUGCCUAAAAGCGAUUGGUUUAAAUCCGGGCUGGGGACAUUUUAGCAUUGGACGAUUAGUGCGUUCAAUAGCUGAAUCGGAUCCAAGAGCGAAUACCGAAAAUCAUUCAAUCAAGGAAGCGAUAGCUGCUGGUGAAAUGAUAUCGAAGAAGUCCAUCGACAAGUUAUUGGAGACUCAAUUACUUUUAUUAAGCGACAAAAAGGGUAUCAUAAUCGAUGGUUAUCCACGGGACAUGAACCAAGUAAAGGAUUUCGAAGUCAAGUACAAACAAAAACCACCGAUUGUCUUAUUGGACUGUUCUAAACUACAAUUAGGGCGGGGCCGUAUCGAUGACACAGUGUCCUCGUUUAGGAGACGAUUAGAAUUAUUUAGAGAAUUGACAUUGCCAAUGCUCAAAAUCAUGGAUGCCGAUGGACGUUUAACAAUCGUUGACGGUGAUACCGACAGUCCAUCAGUGGAAAAAGAGUUCGAAAAAACCAUACGAAAACACACUUCAGAAUUGACCGAUAGGAAAGCAUCAUCGCAAUUAAAGCACAAACGUAGCGAAAGUAAAUCGCACACCAGUGUGUAUACAGGCGAUCGUCGAAAUUCAACGAGACGAAUCGAUGAUAUGGUUCAGGACAUGGAAGAUGUGCCGGGAGUUGUGCCAACAAUAAGCCAACAUGUGAGUUUGAUUAAUGGUAAUGUGAAAAAAUCUGCAUCAAGGAGUGGCAAGACUGGACUCAAUGGACAUAUUGCGAAUGGACGGCCCACAUUUAGGACUAUGUUAGAUGAAACAGAAAAUCCCAUUGAUUCUUAUAUGUAAAUCGAUAGAAAAAAUUAGUUAGCUCACUCAUACUGAUAUACGCAGGAGCAGAAUGCUAAAAACGUAGGAUCGGUUCAUCAAAUAGACCAUGAUAAUCUGAAGAGCUCUAAUUUUUGUUUGCAUCCAAAAUCCUUUUCCAAAGCAGUGCAACAGUAAACAACCUUGUAUUUUCUUUCAACCAAAAUUACGUUGCUUCUUACUAUCAUCACAACUCAACGUUAGUCAAUGAAUAGUAAUUUACAUAACUAGAGAUGAAAAGUUGAGUUUUUGUGUGAAUUUUGUUGUACCGAGGCGAAGAGAAGCCGAGGUCAUUAAAACACAAAAACUGUACUUUUUUAUGUAAUGGAUUAACAUGCUGAGGUCGUCGAAAGUACGGUUUUCGAUGCAGGUAAAAGAUUUUAAAAUUUGGUCAUUAACUACUUUCCCCUUUGCACAGCGUUUGUCAAACAACUACUCUGAUUAGAACUUUGUGUUUUACCUUUCUGCCUCUUGAAAGUGGAAGAUGAAUAAUUUUAGUGGUCUCUUAAGAGACAACAAUCCUUAAUAUUUCCUGAACGGUGGAAAAAACCUCAAAACUGUAAAUGUAAAAACACAAUACAAAAUCAUUCUAUAUAUUCAACGACAUUCUGCUCCUGAAACCAGUAACCAUUAAGAAAAGAAUCAUUCACAAAUAUUUAAAACAAAAUAUGCAGAGUUUGUAUUCCAAACUUUGGAACCAUUUCUGCAAAUUUCUUUUAAUUUAUAAGCAGU